GGAAUAUAUUGAUGACACUUUCAGAUUUGGAAAGAUCGUCAUUACUACAUUCAUUAAGGUGUGACUUCAGUUAUCUACGGAAGGUGAACUUGGUUGGGAUCUGUAAUACAGUUAUAGAGGUGUCCGGACUCUAUAAUGGUCAAAGAUUUCCAGUAGAAGAGGAUGAGACAAGAAUUAAAUGCAUGUGGGAGACUCUGGACCUAGGCUCUUCAUGCUUUUGAUGCUAGCUGUGAGGGAGCUUGAUAAACACUUUUACCAACUUUUCAUAGAAAAAACAGAUAUCUUGCAUAUUACUUUGGCCAAACGAAGAGACGAGUAGUGUUUUCUUCUGAAAAACUCAAAAUAAAUGUAAAAUGUCUGGAAAAACAGCAAUUAGGAGGAGCACCAGAAAAUGAGUGAUUAUUCUGGACUUGCAAAUAACCAUAGCCAGAUGAUUGCUGAAGAUUCAGAAAUUCAGACGAAGCCUGAACGCUCUCAUGAAGUUCUUCAGGAAGAUAUUGAAAUGAGCAGCGGAUCCAGUGGAAAUGACUUCAGUGGAAAUGACACAAAUGAAAACUACUCGAGUGGGCAUGAUUCUCAUGGCCAUGAAUCUGAUGAAAAUGGGAAAGAUUCAGCAAUGCUCAUGGAAUCUUCAGACUGUCAUAAAAGUUCAAGCUCAAAUGCUUUUAGUCUGAUGAUUGCAAACUCUGAACACAAUCAGUCUAGCAGUGGAUGCAGUAGUGAGCAGUCCACUAAAGCCAAAACACAAAAGGAAUUGCUGAAAACAUUACAAGAGCUGAAAGCUCACCUUCCUUCUGAAAAGAGAAUUAAAGGCAAAUCUAGUGUCCUAACGACGUUGAAAUACGCCCUUAAAAGCAUUAAACAAGUUAAAGCCAAUGAGGAGUAUUACCAAUUGUUGAUGAUCAAUGAAUCCCAGCCUGCUGGACUCAAUGUGUCAUCAUACACAGUGGAAGAAGUUGAGACUAUAACCUCAGAAUACAUCAUGAAAAACGCAGAUAUGUUUGCGGUAGCUGUUUCUUUGAUUUCUGGGAAAAUUUUGUACAUCUCUGAUCAAGCUGCUUCUAUUCUCCGCUGUAAGAGAAGUUAUUUUAAAAAUGCCAAAUUUGUGGAGUUCUUGGCACCUCAGGAUGUCAGUGUGUUCUAUACUUCUACUACCCCAUACAGAUUACCAUCAUGGAAUAUUUGCAAUAGAGCUGAGUCUUCCACCCAGGAUUGCAUGGAAGAGAAAUCUUUUUUCUGUCGCAUCAGUGCAGGAAAGGAGCGUGAAAAUGAGAUUUGCUAUCACCCAUUUCGGAUGACUCCUUACCUUAUCAAAGUGCAAGAUCCAGAAAUAGCAGAGGACCAGCUUUGCUGUGUAUUGCUUGCAGAAAAAGUACAUUCUGGUUAUGAAGCACCCAGAAUUCCUCCUGACAAAAGAAUUUUUACAACUACACACACACCGACUUGUUUGUUCCAGGAUGUAGAUGAAAGGUAA